AAGCGCGACGCGCGCGGUCGUUAUUUUAACUUGUCUUGAAACACAAAAAAAAAACAGUUAAAAGCAAAGCUACCAAACAUUAACGUGUGAACUGGUCUUAAACAAAAUUUGUGCAAGUGCUUGAAAGUGUUGAACAGAAAAAUUCAAAUUAAAUAAAAAUCAUGGCCAAUCUGUGGAGAGCGUUAACGCGUCGUAAAACGGACGAUGUACAUGAGAGCGAAUCGAAGCUAGCGCGCGUGCUUAAUCUGUUCGAUCUGACAGCGUUGGGGGUGGGCAGCACCUUGGGUCUGGGUGUCUAUGUGCUGGCCGGCCAGGUGGCCUACAAUAUAGCCGGCCCAGCUGUUACCAUAUCCUUUCUAAUUGCUGCCGUCGCUUCGGCCUUUGCUGGCAUUUGCUAUGCCGAGUUUGCAGCGCGUGUGCCGAAGGCAGGCAGCGCUUAUGUUUACAGUUAUGUGACCAUAGGCGAAUUUGUAGCGUUCACCAUAGGCUGGAAUUUGAUAUUGGAAUAUGUCAUAGGCACAGCAUCGGUGGCCAGAGGGCUGAGCGGUUAUUUCGACUCGCUGAUCGAUAACAAAAUGUCGCUAUAUUUGAAUGAAACGAUGCCGAUCAAAGUGAGUUUUCUGGGUUAUUAUCCGGAUUUCUUGUCGUUCGGCAUGGUUUUGCUGCUGGGCGCGCUGCUGGCCUUUGGCGCCAAGGAGUCCAGUUUUUUGAACAAUAUAUUCACCUGCGUCAAUUUGGUAACCAUAGGCAUUGUGCUGGUGGCUGGCGGCAUGAACGCUAAGGUGGAGAACUGGCGCAUACCAGCAGCAGAGGUGCCCGAAUGGGCUGGCAGCGGUGGCUUCAUGCCCUUUGGCAUUGCUGGCGUUAUGGCUGGCGCUGCCAAAUGCUUCUUUGGCUUUGUGGGCUUCGAUUGCAUUGCUACCACUGGAGAGGAGGCUAUAAAUCCCAAGCGCAACAUACCCUUGGCUAUUGUGAUGUCCUUGAUUGUUAUAUUCCUGGCUUACUUUGGCGUCUCGACGGUGCUGACCAUGAUGCUGCCCUACUAUCUACAAGAUCCGGACGCACCUUUCCCCAAGGCAUUCGAUUCUGUCGAGUGGUACACCAUCAAAUGGAUUGUAACCAUUGGCGCUGUGUUUGCGCUAUGCACUAGUUUGCUGGGCGCCAUGUUCCCGCUGCCGCGCAUACUCUACGCCAUGGGCAACGAUGGCAUUCUGUUCAAGCGACUGUCCAAAGUGCAUCCCUGGACGCAGACGCCGCUGCUGGCAACGCUUGUCUCUGCGCUCUUUGCAGCUGUUAUGGCCAUGCUAUUCAAUCUCGAUCAGCUGGUCGACAUGAUGUCCAUUGGCACUUUACUGGCUUAUACAAUUGUGGCCAUUUGUGUGCUCGUGCUGCGCUAUCAGGACGAUCAGAUGACCAAGCUCGUGUCAGUGCGUGCGCCAAACAUUUUCAGACAACUUUGCUGCAAUUCCUAUCGCGAGCCCAACACUCUAACCUCGGCCAUCACCAAAGUUGGCAUCGUUGUCUUUGCCAUUUUCUGCAUAUUCUGGUGCGUCUUUAUGCAAGUCUUCGAUCUGGAAUCAACAGCUGGCAUUGUCUCGCUCAGCAUUGUGGGCGUGCUGCUCAUUGGCAUUUGCAUUACCAUUGGACUGCAGCCAGUGUCGAGCAUUGAGCUGACCUUCAAAGUGCCGCUUGUGCCUUUUGUGCCCUGCCUGAGCGUCUUUGUCAAUCUGUAUCUGAUGUUCCAGCUGGAUCUGUUUACCUGGAUACGCUUCCUCAUCUGGAUUGCCAUUGGCUAUGCCAUUUACUUUUCCUACGGCAUGCGCAACUCCACGCAGAUUUCUCGCAAUCGCAAUCAUGCCGAAGCCGCUGCCAAUGCCAUGCAGCGCGCUGAGCAAACGGAGCAGCAUGAGAAUCGUGGCUUUGAGCCAGAUUGGAAAGUGGAGAAUGGCAAUGGCUACAAGAAGCAGCAACAGCAGCCACCUGUCUAUGAGUAUUCCGAAAAGCUUUAAGCUAAUGACAAGUAGCAUAAGUUUUGUCUGCACAGUUUUAGCUUUAGUCACAGCAUCACCAACAACAACAACAUUAUUUUCUUUCCUUUUACCUUUGUGUUUGUGAGAGAGAUGAAUAGAUUGCGCAUACAAAAUUCAACAAGCCGUUAUUUUGUUGCGCCUGAAAAUUACACAAAACUCUACUAAAAAAAAAAUAUAACAAACCAACUAUAACUAUAU